AUGGAUUACAAUAAACAAAAAUGGAACUGUUCACAUUCUUCUUCUUCGUCUUCUUCUCCUUCUUGUCCUUCUUCUUCUACAUCUUCUUCUCCAUCUUCGCCUUCUUCUUCUUCUCCAUCUUGUCCUUCUUCUCCAUCUUCUUCCUCUUCUUCAUCUCCAUCUCCUUCUUCUUCGCCUUCUUCUUCUUCUUCCCCAUCUUGUUCUUCUUCUCCAUCCUCUUUUUCUUCUCCAUCUUCUUCUUCUUCCCCAUCUUCUACCUCUUCUUCUACUCAAUCUUCUUCUUCUUCCCCAUCUUCUUCCUCUUUUUCCUCUCCACCUUGUUCUACUUCUCCAUCUUCUUCAACUUCUUCUUCUACUUCUCCAUCUUCUUCUUCUCCAUCUUCUUCAACUUCUUCUUCUACUCCACCUUCUUCUUCUUCUCCAUCUUCUUCAACUUCUUCUUCUACUCCACCUUCUUCUUCUUCUCCAUCUUCUUCAACUUCUUCUUCUUCUCCACCUUCUUCUACUCCACCUUCUUCUACUUCUUCAUCAUCAUCUUCUUCUUCCUCUCCAUCAUCAUCAUCUUCUUCUUCAAAAGAAAGUAUAUUAAUCAGGCAAUUCGAAAAUGAUGCUCAUCUAUCAUUGUAUGAAUUAAACUAA